CUUUUUUUAUUCCAAAGACUUCUCUAUUAAAUAUGUCUGUUUAUAAUCAUAGACCCAUGGGUCCACCUACACCCAGUCGUCUAAUGGAAUUGCUAGAUGCUGUCAAAAACGAAUACGAUCAGCUUGCUCAAGAAGUCAUGGUUUGCAAAAGUCAAAGAGAUGAAUAUGAACAUAAGAUGAACAGUCAGAUUCAAGAAAUGAAUUUGUUUCAACAAAACUUGAUGGACCUUGAACGAACUCAACAAAUGAUCAAGAAACAAUAUGAAGAAGAGAUUGCUCGUCUUCGUCAACAGUUGGAACAAGUCCAGCAUUCGCAACAUAGUGGAGCACCACCUCAACCACCCGUAGGUAGUGCAUCAUAUGGAGGUCCUGGUGGAUAUCAACCACAGCAGCCACCACCAUCAUUAAUGGAUACAAAGCCCCCAGUACAUCAUCCUGGCUAUCCAGUGGGACCUCCACCUACGGCAAGUCCGCAUAUUCCACCCAAUACUGCUCCAGCACCUCCCCAUCCUUCGGCUGGAACACCUUAUAUGAACGGUGGGUCACCUCUUCCUUCUAGUGCUCCACCACCACAAUUACCAAGAGGAGGUAGUCUUACGAAAGGUGGAGCUGGCCCUCAAACACCUAAUGAACCAUUAGGUGAUAUCAAUCCUGAAAGUGUGCCUGCCAACAUGAAGGUGGAAGGCCAAGAUUGGUUUGCAUUAUUUAAUCCCAAGGCAACCCGUUACCUAAAGGUUGAUCUUCUUCACACAUUUGACCAUGGUAGUGUUGUCUGUUGCGUCAAGUUUAGCUCUGAUGGCCGUUAUCUUGCUGCAGGUUGUAAUCAGGCAACUUAUAUUUAUGAUACUCUUGCUGCCACUCGUGUCGCUGUUCUUCAAGAUGAAAAUGCAGGACGUGAAGGCGAUUUAUAUAUUCGCUCUGUCAGCUUCAGUCCUGAUGGAAAAUAUUUGGCAACCGGUGCUGAAGAUAAGCAAAUCAGAAUUUGGGAUAUUACAAAGAAGCGCAUUCGUGGCAUCUUAUCUGGACACGAACAAGACAUUUAUUCAUUGGAGUUCAGCCGCGACGGACGCAUUCUCGUGUCUGGAUCAGGAGACCGUACUGCCCGUAUUUGGGACUGGCAAACGCUUCGUUGCUUGCAUGAACUGCGUAUUAAUGAUGUUGACCAACAGGAUCUGGGCGUCACUAGUGUAGCUAUAUCACCUGAUAGCCGUCUUGUAGCCGCAGGCAGUUUAGAUAAAGUUGUCCGUGUCUGGGAUGCGGUCACUGGUCAAUUACUCGAACGUCUAGAAGGACACAAGGACAGUGUUUAUUCUGUUGCGUUUAUGCCAGAUGGAAAGACAUUAGUGAGUGGAAGUUUAGAUAAAACACUACGCAUGUGGCAACUUGGUACAGGUGAAAGAGGAUAUGACCGUAGUAAAAAUGCCUGCAUUCAAGUGUUUACAGGCCACAAGGACUUUGUAUUGUCCGUUGCAACAACACCUGAUGGUAAUUGGAUUGUAUCUGGUUCAAAAGAUCGUGGUGUGCAGUUUUGGGAUCCACGUACGGGACAAACACAAUUCAUGCUUCAAGGUCAUAAGAAUUCAGUUAUUUCUGUUGCUACCAGUCCUGGACAUAAGCCAAUGUUUGCUACAGGCUCAGGUGAUAAUCGUGCACGUAUUUGGAGUUAUGAGCCUUUAGGACCUUAAAUGAUUUUAUGUUUGUUAGAGAAGUUGAUAAUAAUAAUAAUAAUAAAAAAGGAUAUAAAUUUUUUUUUUGCUUUUACUCCCACGCGCAGGAAAAUAAAUAAUUUUUUGUGUGGGGAAAAUCAAAUCAAAAAAGAACUCUAGGACCAGAGUAUGACAAAAUGAAGCAAGUAUCAUUUACAAUGCAACAUGCAUUCAAUAAAAGACGUGUAGAGUGAAUUAAAACGUUCAUAUUGGUUUUGCCUAGAGACAAGGUGUAAGAAGAAAGACUGUAAAUAUAUGCAUACUUCAUGUGAUCGUAAAGGGAAA